UCGGCUACGCGGAUGGGAACAGAUGUGCGGAUCGAGUCGGGGACCGCGGCCUCGGUGGAAGCAGAUGAUGAUCCUGCAGCCAACUUGUUCCCGGUGAGGGCGGGACAGACUGGUCCUCUCAUGAAUGUUUAUAAAAAGGCUCCCCAACAGGGCGUCACCCGUCGUUAUGUUUACUAACGUUCGAGACAUUUUCCGGGCUGCCUUAGUGAAGAGUCAGGGGUGUGUGAGCCCGAUUGUUAAUACGCUCAUGAAUAAUAUGUAGGUCCUGCUGAAGCCCAGCCCGCCAGCGUUGCUUGUACAUAGUCCUUAAAUGAGAAGUUAGCUCGUUCUCAGGCCCGCUGGAUAUUCGCGAUGGGCCAGGAACUAGGGGCCAGGGACAACAUAGCUCUGCCUUCCCCAAUCCGCUUUCUUUCCGCAGCCGCCGCUGCCCCAGCCCCGGAUCUGCAUGUGGUGAGUGUGAAGAACCUCGGGAGAAAGUUACACUUCACACUUGCAUUAUUCCUUUAGUGCUUCCCCAACAGUCCUAUCAAACAGCCAGGACAUCCCCAUUUUACAGAUAAGGAGACCAAGGCCCAGAGAUGCAAUUAGCCAAGGGACUAGAAGCCAGCUCUCCUGCCUUCCCACUCCAAAGAGAGUGUGGGAAGAAGGGAGCCAAAGACUGAGGAUGAAGUACUUGGACAUCCAUUCCAUGCAGAGGCUGGAGAAGACAGCCAACGUUCAGGAGAUGAGGGAGGUGCUGGCCAAGCUGUUGGGGCUAGGCGGUCCUGAGCAGAGCCUGCGGGAUGCCAUCACCCUGGACCUCUUCUCUCAUGCACUCAUUUUCUGCCGCCAGCAGGGCUUCUCACUGGAGCAGACAUCAACCGUUUGUGCCCUGCUCCAAGAUCUUCACAAGGCCUGUGUUGCAACCCCCCUGGGCAACGUGGAGGAAUGUUACCGCUACUUCACCAGUGUUCUUUUCUGCCAUGGAGUCAGGGUCAGUUCCCCUGGAACUGGAACUUCACUCUCCCCCAGACAAGGUCUAGUCCAAUCUCCUGCCCUCUCUCACACUCAUCACCCUCAUCUUCCUCUGAAGGCCACAGUGGGCUCUCCCCGCUCCUGUAUUGCGGGGCCCUUGGAGAAAAGGCCAGGGCUUCAGGAGCUGGUCAGUCGUCUAACUCCUAAUCAUCCCCACAGCGGCCCCCCUUCAGUAUCAACCUCUUUAAGGAGGAACAGCUGCUGGCCCUGGCAGAUUAUGUGGUCAACACCUACUUUCGCCACUUCAAGCUCUACAAAUAUGUCUUCACACCCCAGGUACUGGGCCAUGGGCUACAAGAGGCCACCCCUUAUCUCCCCCUUUCCCUCAGUGCAGAUGCCCUCCUCUCAGCCACCCUCCUCCUCUUCUCAGGUGCGGUUGGAUCUAUCUUUGACUUACAUGGGGCUACAGCCACCCAAGCUCGAGCCAGAGGAUGAGAUGGAGAAAGAAGGUGGCGAGGAAGUGGAGGAGCAGGCAGUCACCCCACAGGAUGAGGAACCGGAAACAGUGGUCCAGGAAGAGCCAAGCCAGGUCUCCAUCCUCCAAGCCUAUAUCAAGACCCAGCUGAACAAGGAGCUGGGGCAGCUGCAACAGCUGGUGGAGGAGCGGCUCAAGGCCAGUGAGGACAGGCUCAGCAGCAAGUUGACUGCACUAGAGCAGCCUUCCCAGCUACCUGCAGGCAAAGGCAAGAGCAAGACCAAGUGACCCUCAGUGUUUCCCCAAUAAAGGCCUGGGCCAGAGCAGCUCCA